GGUGCGUAAUUUGCGGCCGUGGUCUUCUUUGAGGGCGUUUGAGAGGAGAAAGUUUCCUGAGAGCCAGUGAGCGCCGUAGAAGGCUGCUUAAGAGCCACUUCCUUCCUCUGCUCGGUCGCCAACAUGGAAUGGGGAGAUUAUAAAUGCGAGCCAAACAUAUUUUCCAACAAACAAGCGUCUUGGCUGCAGGGACGCAUGACCACUUGAACGCACGCUCGUGUUCGAAUAUGAAGGAUGCCACGGGAUUGUUCGUUGCUGUGCUGGCUGUGCUGGUGGGGAGGCUCGAUGGGCUGGACCCGGACGGUGGGCUCUGUGUUGAGAGCCGUUGUUUCGCCGUGUUCCACCACUCUUGUGACUUUCCAAGCGCACAGGAUCAUUGCAAAGAAAGAAACGGGCUUUUAAUGACUGUUAGUCCGUCUGCAUCACGUGAUGUACUGCCUAAACUAUUGAUGAACUUUACGGGUCGAUUCUGGAUCGGUUUGCAUCGUUUAACCGCUUGCCCGAAUGCAACAUCUCGUCUUGAAGGAUAUGAGUGGAUGACAAAAGACACUGGAAGUGAUUUUGACAACUGGGCUCCUUCUUUCGACAGCGACUGCACAUCUCCACGUUGCGUCACAGUUUCCGAUGUGGACGAGCUCCAGUGGGUUCAGGAUCGGUGUGACUCGCGAGUCACCGGCUUCCUGUGCGAGUACCACUUCAAAUCCUUCUGCUCGACUAUAGAUGUCGUUUUCCAGGGGGGGACCCCGGUGUACACCACCCCUUUGGGUUUCGGGGGAGAUGAUCUGCUCUCCGUGCCGCCCGGAAGCACCGUCACGCUGGAACCGACCAAGCGCAAGUUCGUGUGCUCCGACACUUGGCUUCAGGCUCCGUGGAGCUGCGAGAUCCUCGAAGGAGGUUGCGAGCACAAAUGCGCCGUGGAUGAUGCUUAUGAACCUUCUUGCUCAUGCCCGCCCGGUUUCUCCAUCAACCCCCUGAAUGAAAUCUCAUGCGACGAGGACGCGGGGGACGCGUGCGCGCGUUUAGGGUGCGAGUACGCCUGCUUGGAUGGAGAUGACGGCCCGCCUUCCUGUGCGUGUGACCACGGUUUCAAACUGGCACCCGAUGGAAGGUCUUGCGUGGACAUUAACGACUGCUCCGAUGAACGCCAAUGUCCUGGGGAGAACUUCCGGUGCGUCAACACCGUAGGCGGCUUCAAAUGCGAAUGUGAGGUCGGAUUCAAGAUGACGAGUGGAUUGUGCGUGGAUCAGAAUGAAUGCGCGUCUGCACCAUGCGAGCAUAUGUGCAACAACAACCCCGGGAGUUACAAAUGUUCCUGCUACGAUGGAUAUAAAGAGGACCCGCUGGACACGAGCAAGUGUGAGCUGCACUGUGGCAAGGAGGAGUGCAUCGCGGAGUGCGACCCAAAUGACAAGUACCAGUGCUACUGCCCUGAUGGUUACAUAGCGGAGGAGAGGGAGGACCACACCGUAUGCAUUGACAUUGACGAAUGCGGGGGUGGUUACUGCGAUCAUGGCUGUAAAAACACUUAUGGAAGCUUUGUUUGCUCUUGUCCUAAAGGCUUCACUUUGGUAGAUGAGGUGUUUUGUGAAAGAAAUGAUGAAGAUGAAGAAGGGGAAGGCUCGGGGGAGUCUGCAACAACUACGAACCCUACAGUGACGCCACACGAGGUCGCUCCAACUCAGCAGCCCUCGGCGGUGACAGUAGGCGGGCUGGUGGCUAUAAUAGUGUGCAGUGUCCUUUUUGUUGUGUUGGUGGUCUUUUUAUGUCAGCACAUAUUGAGUAAAAGGGGGAAAAUGGAGAGCGAGGCUGCAUAUAAAGACCCUGAUGGAAGGGAGGCCCACAGUUUACACGGGAUGGGGAGUGAAGCGUAAUAAAUAAGAAGGAACAUGACAUGUGAAUGUAGCGCUGAGGAUCCCCCCCGCCUUCCCUUUGCCCUUAAAGUCAAUUCACAUUGGAAUUCAUUUUCAUUUUGGCUACAAGCACUGAUGUGCGCAAAAUAUCACAGCAAACAAAACAGAAUAAAGGGGAACAGUAACCCCACAAGACUUACAUAAAAGCAUUUUUCAACAUGAAGUUUGGCUUCUGCAACAGACGCAAAAAUGUAAACGUGAAUUGAUUUUGUACUGAAACGCUAAUAAAUUGCACACCCUCGAUAAAGUU